AGGGCCUGUGGCCAGGAAUGGCCAUGGGGCUUUGUCCCGAAGAACAGUACUGGGACGACUUGCUGAGCAGCUGCGUGUCCUGCAAGCCGGCCUGCGGCCACCGGAGCCAGCGCACCUGUGCGGCCUUCUGCAAGUCACUCAGCUGCCGCAAGGAGCAAGGCAAGUACUACGACCAUCUCCUGAGAGACUGCAUCAGCUGCAUCUCCAUCUGCGGGCAGCACCCCAAGCAGUGUGCACAUUUCUGUGAGAAAAAGCUCCAAAGCCGGGGGAACCUCCCUCCAGAGGACUGGAGACAGCAGACAGGAGAGGCAGACCCCAGGCCUGAGAACGUGGGAUGGUACCAGGGAUCGGAGCACGGAGGCUCAGAGGCAGGUCCAGCCCUCCUAGGACCAAAGCUGAGCAGUGACCAGCCGGCCCUGAUCUACUGCACUCUGGGCCUCUGCCUCUGUGCCAUCAUCUGCUGCUUCCUAGUGGCAGUGGCCUGUUUCCUCAAGAGAAGGGGUGAUGCGCUCUCCAGCCAGCCCCCCACAGGACUAUGCAGAGCCCGAGACAAGUCCUCCCAUGACCCUGUGACGGAAGCUGGUGGCCCUGCGUCGCUCGAACCAGUGGAAACGUGCAGCUUCUGCUUCCCGGAGCGCAGGGCGCCCACCCAGGAAAGCGCGGGUGCACUGGGGACCCCAGGCACCACCACAGACCAGGGCACAUGGGGGCGCUGCACAGGGACAGGCGGCUGUGGUCUAGGCGUGGUGUGUGCGCCUGCCCAGGAAGGGGGCCCAGGCGUGUGAAGCCAGGGAUGGGAGGAGACCAAGAGAGGAGGGGAGAGACAAAAGAAGGAUGAGUGGCAGAGGGAAAGGGAGGAAAGAGUGCGGACAAGAUGCCAUAUGGGAGGACAGAUGCUUUUUGUCCCCUGACCCAGUGCAAACCAUAGGGCGACAUCGCCUACACACACUCGGGGAAC